CAUGUGUACGUGUGUGCAUGUGUGCCUGUCAUAUAAAGCCACACAUUCUGUUUCUUCAGAGUCCAGACACUUGUUUCCAUCUUUGUCUACCUGAUCUGUCUCCUGCACCUUGCCACACCGUUAAGACAGUUAUUAAACCAUGGCGACCAGGAUGGUCAUUGAUCAGCCCAAGCCGGUUGUAAUCGCUCCAGGUGUUGAACAGUGGUCCAGCGGCAUCUGCGAGUGCGACAGCAUCUGUGACUGUUGCUGUGCAUUCUGGUGUAACCCCUGCUUCAACUGCAUCACUGCCAAGGACCACGGCGAGUGUUUGUGUCUACCUCUGCUAGAGUGCUGGGGACUCAUCCCACCCAUUGCCAUGGCCAUGCGAGUGUCCACUAGACUCACCUACGGCAUCGAGGACUCCAUAUGCAACGACUGCGUGUACGCCUGCUGCUGUGGCCCGUGCUCCUGGUGCCAGAUAAGACGUGAGAUGAAGGCCCGUCACCAUCCUGUCACAAGCUUCCAGAGAAGGAAAUAACACUGUCAUCAUCAUCAUCAUCAUCAUCACUAUCAUUUCUUACAUUAGAUGAUUUUUAAUGCUAUCAGAAUCAUCCAUGUGACAACAGAGACACUUUUUUGCAUCCUUUGUUUAUUCACUGUUUGGGGCACAGGUCUGAUAUGUGUCAGUCAAAUGCUCAUGCAUGAAGACGUAUACGUUCAGAAAAUAAAAGCAUUCUGUAAAAAGUUCAGUGCCCCUCUUUGUAUUUAUAAUUAUGAGAUAUUAUAUCCUUGCCUGUAUAAUAUUUACUUAAUUACCAUGUUUGUUAAUUGUGCUGAUUCUCAAAUCCAAAAAACUUUGCUGAAUUUGUAUCAAAAUAUGUACACGAACAUAAAUAAAAUAUUGUCAGAAACUA